CUCAGCCCCGCGAAAAAAAUUAAUUUUUUUUCCAAGGCUCUUAGAAAAAGACCAAAAGGAAAUUAAUUUAUAUUUUUAAAAGAAAAAAGAAGAAGAAGAAGAAGAAGAGAAAAGCCCACCCUAACAAAUCCAAAAAAUUGAGUCUUUUCAUUAAUCAUAAUUUGGUUUUGUUUGGAUCUAUAGAAAAUCCGGAAUGCGAAAGAAGCGAGCGUUUCAUUUUCUGAAUCGAGUGAUCGAAGGUUAAAGACAAAGAAGCUGAAGGAGAGAUUUUUAUUCAACUGAGAGAAACAGAGAAAAGGGGAAAAAAAGGAGCAAUGGCGGGAGGAGGGAGAAGAUUCGAGAUUGGUUACGCGUUGUUGCCGAAGAAAGAGAACAGUUUCAUUCGAGAAUCGUUGGUGAAGCAAGCGAGGUCACAUGGAAUCGAUCUGGUUAAGAUCGAUAUGGGACGUCCUUUGGCUGAUCAAGGGCCGUUUGAUUGCCUGCUUCACAAGUUGUACGGUGAGGAUUGGAGGAGUCAGCUCGAGGAUUUCCGUUCUCAAAACCCUAAUGCUGUAAUCAUUGAUUCUCCUGCUGCAAUCGAACGGCUCCACAAUAGGAUUUCGAUGCUCCAGGUGGUGUCCGAACUCAAGAUCGAAAAUCAAAGCGAAACCUUUGGGAUCCCUAAACAGAUCGUGAUUUACGAUCGGGAAACCUUGUUUGAUAACCAAGCUUGGGAAUUGCUUAAGUUUCCUGUUAUUGCGAAGCCCUUGGUAGCUGAUGGGAGUGCCAAAUCGCACAAAAUGGCUCUCGUUUUUAACCAUGAAGGGUUAAACAAGCUUAAACCCCCGAUUGUUUUGCAGGAGUUUAUUAACCAUGGAGGGGUUAUUUUCAAGGUUUAUGUGGUUGGGGAAUAUGUGAAAUGUGUUAAAAGGAAGUCAUUACCAGACGUUUCGGAGGAGAAAUUGAAUAGUUUACAAGGCUCUCUAUCGUUCUCUCAAGUAUCCAAUUUGGCUACUCAUCAGAAAAGUGAUGAUAAGUACUAUAAGAUGAUGCAUUUGGAGGACACUGAAUUGCCACCACAGAGUUUCAUGACGGAUAUUGCUAAGGGGUUGAGAAGGGCAAUGAACUUGAACUUGUUUAAUUUUGACGUGAUAAGAGAUACCCGAUUCGGAAACCGUUAUCUCAUUAUCGACAUCAACUAUUUUCCGGGUUAUGCAAAAAUGCCAGGAUAUGAAACUGUUUUGACUGAUUUCUUUUGUGAUAUGGUCUAUAGGAAGGAAAGGCAAGUGGUAGUGGAGAAGGAUUCAGUUGAGGAGUAUAGCCAGGAGGCGGUGGUAGGGACUGAUGGAAGGCUGGUUCUUAGUUGUGAGAAAGAAAUAAGGAAAAUUGUGCCCAAUUCUUGCUGUAGCGAUGGGGAAGAAAUGGAGAACUCUAUCCAAGUUUGACACAGCUUUUAGGCUUCUUGACUAUGAGAAAGGCAUAGCUCAGUCCGUUUUCAGAGGGUUGCUGCAAUUGUACAAGGAAUGGGAUCCUAGUGGCUCGUGGAGGCAAAGCCAAUUUCACAUUUUCCAUUUUUUAGACAUCAGUUUGAUACAAUGUUGAAAUAGCUAGGUUGGGAACUUUUGAGUUUAGUUGUAGCUUCUUGACAACAGUUACAUGGUAUGAAGUGCUAAUCAUGUAUAUUCCGUCCACCAACUUCUGGAGAUAGGUACUUUUCAAAACUCUUUGACGUUUUAGGGAACUUAAGUUGUACUUUGAGGCUUUUAAGUUUUUUUUUCUCAGUAAUUGUUAUAGAUUUGAACUUUGGCAAAUAGAUUCAUUUUAAUCUUCUUGAUUUUUACCAAUGAUAAUUUCAUUUCAAUUUUCCUUUACUUUUUACUUGCAUUGUCUAAAUUAUUUGCUCCUUUACAUGUUCGAUUGAGCUUAGUUUUGAAGAAUUGAUUGCUACAACUCCAUUAGGUUUUUCUUCUUUGAAGUAACGAUUUGGUAGUCCGUUACGGUGUCAUCCGAAUCUUUGCCUAAAAUGAUUAUAAGGAAAGGAAUGCAACUGCAUUCCCCUAUUAGCUUUUGUAAACUUGCUGUAUAAUUUGGCACACUCUGAAGCUUAGCUUCAGGAGAUAGUUCAUAUUCACUGCUAUGGUUUGUGGAUAAUCGGUAUGUUGAAUAUCAGGUAUGAUUCCUUAGAAACGUUAUCUGUUUUGAACAGGGUUUCCUUCUUUUCCCUUAAAGAUUAAUUUUGGUAAGUGCUUCUAGUUUGCAGGCUAUGUUGCAAACAAAAGCAUUGAGUACCUUAAUGGAUUAAAAAUGUCAAUUUCUUUUCUUUUUUAAUUCUCUCGAUGAGGAAAACUUUUUAGAUUUGCAUGCCAAGUGAAUGGUUUAUUCGUAUUGGAUUAAUUGCAGAUAACUGUUAAUGAUUGAUGAGAAUUAUUAGAAUGGAGGAAAGGUUUUGAUUUACUCUAGGGUUUACUAACAUGGGAUUAGGGUUAUCUUUGUUGCAUGGCCUGAUAUCUCGGAAAGGAUGUGGGGAAUGUGAAAUCUGUUGACACGUAAACCUUAUGCAAAAUCAUGCUGGUUUUACAUAACUGUGUUUUCAUUUGUCCUGUUUCCGCAUCCUGUUUUUAUGGCAUUUAUCGCAUUUGUUAUGACUGCCAACAGUUUCUACUGCUGUCGAAAAUGACAAACCCUGUUUUUUUUUUGGAUCUGAAUGCCUUUUUUAGCAGUUUAUGUUUCCACCAUAAUUGGUCAUGGUGACAGCUUUUAUAAUCGUACUUUCAACAAGCUGAUUCCAGCAAAAAAGUAUUGGCUAGGAAUAUAUGAACACUUGUUUUCGUAACGUGGAUGUUUGAAGUGUAACCUUAUAUAGAAAUGCUCAUGCUUUGUGUAUCUCUACUAGUGUUCUCAAAUCCCAUAUUUGUACGGCUGCCGAUUGCAACAACCGUGAUGUUUUCCAUCUUCAGCCCUUUUCUAUUGUUUGGAUUCCUCAUAAUAUUAUUGUUUUUCACUGUGAUGCUUUAUAAUGCUAAUGCUUGCAUGUUAUGUAUGUAUGUACAGUGACACAAUGCUCUAGUUUGUUGUCUUUCCGGAUUCUAAGUGCCAAAUUCUAGGUUUAUUGUCUUUCCGGAUUUGUCGCCACUGCCGAGUCUUACUAUCAAAGGAAACUUUUUAAAUGGUUUUGCUUUGAUGAGUCCACAAUAUUUGCUUCUUGGACAUUGAAAUAGAGCAUUGUUCUAAUGAAGUUGUGUUUUAGCUGAUGUGUAAUUUUUUUUUUCUGCUGUAAUUGAUGUGAAUUUGGAUUGUUUGUAUUCUGCUGAGGCCUUUACAGGAAAAAGAACAUAUAUUUUUAGCUGUUAAAAUCAGGUCUUUGCCUACACUAGGGUUAAUUUCUUUAAAAAAUUAUAUUCUAAAAAUAAUGCCAUUAUCAGAACAGGCAAAAAAAUACCUGAAAAAAAUUAUAUUAAUAAACUAGCAGAAAGCAGGGUAACAAAUAACAAAGGAGAUGGAAAAAAGAGAAAACAUAAGGGAUAACUUUGUAAAACUCACAAUAGAAGCUACAACAAGCACGAUCCAAAAGGCAUUUUUGACAAAACUAUCUCCAUUUAUUCGACAUUACAUAUAAGAAAGGCCAGAAAUUCAAUAUUUUCAUGCUCUGUUUUUUUUUUUAACUAGAAAACUCUACCAAUUGAUAACUGCAAUGUACAGUUUGAUAUGAAAACCAUGUAGGAUGAUCGAAAGACCGGAGCUGGUCACUCUCUGUUGAUAAUUAGUCCACCGCAAGAAGCUGGGGUGGGAGCGGUCUUUGCAGCCUGUUCAGAAGCAUUGGCUAAAGCCUGCAACAUUCUCAAAAUCUCGCUUCGGUCUUCCACGUAGUAUUUGGCUUUGCUCGGUUUCUGGCCGACAGUGCAAGCAAACACCUCGGCAACCGGGGAGAGACGGGGACUGGUCUUUGCACGCAUGAUCACCUCGAACAUGUCCUCGUCUGACCGGUCAUCUCCGAUACAAAGAACGAAAUCCGGAAGCUUUCCUUUUUGUCUCAUUGUCGUGAGAAGAUGUUCGGCAACGAGGCCCUUGUUCACACCCUGCGAAAUUAACAGCACGAAGCAAUUACAAGUUGUAAAACCCUGCCCUGAUCAGUUACGUUUUAAGAGUAAUGAUGGAGAUUGAUAUGCCAUUGUGUAUGUACUAACCUGAGGUUUAACUUCUACAACGUGCUGGCCACUCUUAACUGAAACCGGCUCGUUAGCAAGAACGCUUUCGAGGUGAUCUAAAAGCUCCUUAGCCUGGCAAAAUCCAAAAUCAGGAUCGGCAUACAGGUAAUUCCACACAAGCGCACUCUCUUUCGUCUCGAUGGUAGAACCAUCUGUUGUUUCAGUGUAUAAUUUCAUCACCGGCUCAGCAAUCUGCUUCCAAUCAAAGUCAGGCAGCGAGACACAUGUUUCCCAAUCUGAAUCAUGGUUCGGCCUG